GUCCGCCAUGAUGUGUGAAAUUCCAUAAAAAAUUAUCCAUUUACUUUCACGUAGAACUCAUGAAUCGUUUUUCGUUUUGAUAUCGAUAUGUGGUGUAGUAGAAUACUUAUUAUACAGAGAUGUAACACUAGCACUGACAAUACAAUGAUCAGCAUCAGUUCACAAUUCAAAAUCUUGUGAAUUUUUGAUGUUGAUGUAGUAUAGAGGCAGACUUUAAUACAGAGACACUUACCUACAAACAAGCUGUCUCUGAGAACUUAUAGUGAAUCUCUACAUAUAAGAGCCAGUGGUUGCGCAAGGGUUGAGGGGCAAUGUAAGCAGUUAUUGCAUUGCUCAACACAAUGGAUGAAGAUGACAACUCCAACCAGGAUAGAAGAGAUGAUGUGAACAGUAAUGACAGUAGCAGUAGCAGCAGCAACUCUGGCUCCAGCAGCAGUGGUAGUGGCUCCAGUUCUGGCUCAGAUUCUGAUAGUAAGUCAGGAUCCAGCAGCUCCGAUCACAGUAGUCCAGGCCAGCAGAAUGGUAACAGCCACGGUAAACACAUCUCUGUAGUCUCCAGUAGUGAAUCUCAUGAUGACAAACAACCCAAGAGACAGAGGAUCAAAGAUAUUAAAUCCAUGUGGGAAGAGAUGCCCGAUCUGUAUGGGGUACGGAGGUCUGGCAGGUCAAGGGCAGAACCUGAACGUUUCAAGGUUCAGAGCUCCGACAGUGAUGACCACACCAAGAGACGACGUGGAAGAAAGAGAAAAGAGUCUGAUGAGUGGGCAGGCGGUUCAGAUGAUUCAGACAGUUCAGAUAGUUCAGACAGUUCAGGAAGUGAUGGAUUCAGACCUGCACGUGGCACAACUAGAGGAGCAAGGAAACAAACUAACAAAAGACAAACCAAGAAGUCUGCUGGGAGAACUGGCAAGAAGAGAGUUGGACGUCCAAGAAAGAAACACUCUUCCUCGGAGGAAUAUUCCGACAGUGAUGAUGAUCGACGACAGUCUUAUCGUAGUCUGGGAAAGAAGCCUGUUAGCAAAUCUAAGGGCUCGUCUAGAGUAUCCAAUCGUAAGACAGCCAAGCAAAAUGUCAGUUACAAGGAAGACAGUAAUGAUGAGACAGACAGUGAUGACAUCAUGGAGGCCACAGAGACUAAGACUAAGGAAGUGAACAAUGAUGCUGAAACCAUAGAGAGAGUACUAGAUGUGCGCAAAGGAAGAAAAGGAUGCACUGGCCAUAAGACAACAUGGUACAAUGUCCAGGACCAGGGUGACCCUGCAGAGCAGAUGGCUGGGAAAGAUGACGAAGUUACAGAGCUCCAGUACCUUGUCAAAUGGAAGGGAUGGUCUCAUAUACAUAACACAUGGGAGUCCAUAGAAACACUUAAGGCACAGAAAGUCAAUGGCAUGAAGAAACUAGACAACUUCAUCAAGACUAAUAAUGAAAUAGCCAUGUGGAAGCGGCAGGCCACCCCAGAGGAUGUUGAGUACUUUGAUUGCCAGCAGGAGAUGGCACAGCAAUUACUGGAUCAACAUCGCAAUGUAGAGAGAAUUAUAGUUCACCAGGGUGCACACAAGACAGUGGCAGGUCAGAAUGACUACCUGGUGAAGUGGUCAGGACUUCCAUACUCAGAUAGUACCUGGGAAGAUGGGGAUCUCAUUGAAAAGAAAUUUCCAGAACUAGUCAAAUCUUUUACUUUACGUAACAAAUCUCAGAAAAUUCCAACAAAGGUGUGCAAGGCUUUGAAGUACCGGCCUAAGUUCAUCCAGAUGAAGCACCAGCCCAACUAUCUUGGAGGUGACAAUAACAGCCUGGAGCUGAGAGAUUAUCAGAUGGAUGGACUCAACUGGUUGGCACACUCUUGGUGCAAAGGUAAUAGUGUGAUAUUAGCUGAUGAGAUGGGUUUGGGCAAGACUAUCCAGACAAUUGGUUUCUUGUCAUAUCUUAUGAAUCAGCACCAGGUGUAUGGUCCAUUCCUCUUGGUGGUGCCUCUCUCCACAGUGGUGGCCUGGCAGAGAGAGUUCGCAACAUGGGCCCCUGACAUGAAUGUUGUUGUCUACCUUGGAGACAUCGGCAGUAGGAAUAUGAUCCGGGAAUAUGAAUGGGUUCAUCCAGGCAACAAGAGGCUGAAGUUUAAUGUCAUAGUAACCACUUAUGAAAUCCUGCUCAAAGACAAGUCAUUUCUUGGCAAUAUCAACUGGUGUGUGUUGGGAGUUGAUGAGGCACAUAGACUGAAAAAUGAUGACUCCAUGCUAUAUAAAUCACUUUUUAACUUCCACACUAACCAUCGUCUGCUGAUCACUGGAACCCCACUCCAGAACUCUCUCAAAGAACUAUGGUCUCUCCUUCACUUUAUCAUGCCAGAAAAGUUUGACAAAUGGAUAGAAUUUGAAGAUAGACAUAGUAAUGCAGACAGAAAUGGCUAUGCUAAUCUCCACAAACAAUUAGAAUCUUUCCUUCUUCGCAGAGUUAAGAAAGAUGUGGAGAAGUCACUACCAGCAAAGGUUGAACAGAUCCUGCGCGUGGAGCUGUCAUCCAUACAGAAGCAGUAUUACAGGUGGAUCCUCACCAAGAACUACAAAUCUCUCAGCAGGGGUGUGAAGGGGAGCAUCUCUGGCUUUAUCAAUAUUGUCAUGGAGUUGAAGAAGUGCUGCAAUCAUGCCUUCCUAGUGAGACAGCCUGAUGACAAUGAUGAGAGAAUACAUGGGGUUGUAAAGGGUAGUGGUAAGCUGUUACUCCUAGACAAACUGCUGGCUAGACUCAAGGCGACGGGACACAGGGUGCUAAUAUUCUCACAGAUGGUACGGAUGCUGGAUAUUCUAGCAGACUACCUGAAGAGCAGAAGAUGGAACUUCCAGAGAUUGGAUGGUUCCAUUAGGGGUGAGCUUCGUAAACAAGCUCUAGAUCAUUUCAAUGCUGAAGACUCCAAUGAUUUCUGCUUCCUGUUGUCCACCAGGGCAGGGGGUCUGGGGAUCAACCUGGCCACAGCUGACACAGUUAUCAUAUUUGACAGCGAUUGGAACCCACAGAAUGACCUGCAGGCUCAGGCCAGGGCUCACAGGAUAGGACAGAAAAACCAGGUGAGUGUGUAUAGGCUGGUGCAUAAAGACACUGUGGAGGAGGACAUCAUAGAACGUGCUAAGAGGAAGAUGGUCCUGGACCAUUUGGUCAUACAGCGUAUGGACACCACAGGGAGAACUGUACUCAACAGAGGCAGUGUUCCGAGCUCCUCCACACCAUUCAACAAGGAUGAGCUGGCGCAGAUCCUCAAGUUUGGUGCUGAGAACCUGUUCAAGGAUGCCAGUGAGAAUGAUGAGGAGCCACAGGUUGACAUUGAUGAGAUCCUACAGAGGGCUGAGACCAGAGAGGUGGAGGAUGAAUCUAAAGGUGCUAACAAUGACCUGCUCUCACAAUUCAAGGUUGUAAGUUUUGAUGCUAUUGAUGAGAACAGUGUGGAUGAUGCCCCUACUCCUACUCCAGAGACCAAUGACAACACAAUGGAUAGGGAUUGGGACGAUAUUAUACCUGAGGAGGAGAGGAGGAAGAUUGAUGAAGAAGAGAGGCAGAAACAGCUGCUUGAUCUCGAGUUGGGUCCUCGUAAUAGGAAACCAUUGUUAGAUUUGAAUUACGACUCUGAUGAAGGCAAAAAUUCUCGGAAGAAAAAGACUCAUGAUGAAGAUGAUUACUCUGAAUCUAGUGAUGAUUCUGAUGAUGAUAAACCAAAGAAAAGAGGGCGCCCUGGUCGAGGUGGGGCCAAAGAUAAGAUUAAAGGCUUCACAAAUAUUGAGAUCAGGCGGUUUAUUAAAAGUUAUAAGAAAUUUGGAGAUCCCAAGAAAAGGUUAGAUGCUAUAGCAGGAGAUGCUGAACUCCAAGAGAAGUCAGAGGCAGAUCUCUCCAGACUUGCUGAGGAACUACACAACCGUUGUGAACAAUGCAUGGCCGAAUAUAAACAAAAACUGGAGGAAGAUUCAAACUUAGAAAGUGCUAAAAAGAAUCACAGGGGUCCAUCAUGCAAACUGGGCAGUGUCAAUGUAAAUGCCAAGUCUAUUCUGCACAAUGAGGAAGAAAUGCUGCCUCUGGCUAGGAUGCUCCCAGAGGACAAGCAGGAGAGGGCCACAUACAGACUCAACCAUACUACCAAGUCUUCGAAUUGGGAUUGUGAAUGGGAUGAAGCCGAUGACUCCAACCUGCUCAUAGGUAUAUAUGAGUAUGGCAUGGGCAGCUGGGAGGCUAUCAAGAUGGAUCCACUUCUCAAUCUACAUGAUAAGAUUUUGCCAGAUGGAGACUUGAAGCCUCAGACCAAACACCUCCAGACCCGCACAGACUACUUGCUCAGGAUAUUGCUCAAACAGUACAAUGCCAAGACUGGGAAGGACUUGGUGUCUAAGGCCCCCAGAAAGAAGAGAGAGAAGAAAGAGAAGAAGCAAGUGUUCAAGUCUAAAGAGAUUAUAGAAGAUGAGCCUGAUCUCAGUGAUGGUGAGAUUCAUGAUGAGAACUCCAUGGAUCCACAUGAGUUCAAGAAAGCAAAGAAAGCCAAAGAAAAGAAGGAAAAGAAAGAGAGAAAGGAAGAGAAAAAGAAGGGAGGAAAGGAUGGUCCCAUGCAUUUCACUGCCAUUACUGAACCUACUGCCAUAGGUCUUGAUGGCGACCUGAGCACUGACCUUGACCCUGCAGUAUUUAAAAAGUGCAAAGAGCAGAUGCGUCCAGUGAAGAAGGCCCUGAAGCAGCUUGACAACCCUGAGGCUGGCCUCUCUGAAAGGGACCAACUGGACCACACUAGGAAAUGUCUUCUCAAGAUAGGAGAUAGAAUCAAUGAAUGUCUCACUAAAGCUAAAGAUCCAGAGAAGAUCAAGGAGUGGAGAAGUUUUCUGUGGGUGUUUGUCUCUAAGUUCACAGAGCAUGAUGCCAGAAAGCUCCACAAACUCUACAAACAUGCAGUAAAAAAACGUGAUAGUGAACGUGAAAAACAUUCGCAUGAACAUAAACAUGAACACAAGCAGAAAACUAGCAAUGAUUCCAAGGGUUCCCCUGUGAAGAAGAAGCAUGAUCACAAGCAUAGUGGGGAGAAAGCACACAAGUCUAAACCUUCCACUUCAGACAGUAGGAACAGAGGGGACAGUGCUCCCAAUGGGCCACGUCACUUCAACAAUAAUGCCUACAACUCCUACAACCGUCCUCCUGGGGUGAAAGAGUCUGCUACAGAUCGCUGGAAUCUCAGCAGUCCCCUGGCCAGGCCUGAGGAGCAGAGGAACCGGCCAUAUGAUGCCUACAACAGGCCCCCAAACACAGAUGUACAUAGAAAAUAUCCACAAGAUGGUAACAGGUUUAACCAUGACCAAAAAGGCAGCUUUAGUUCCUAUAAUAGAGAUAGAGGGGGUUACGGGUACCAUAAACCGGAUUUAGCGGGUGACCACAGUUCCCGUGGUGAUCACAAAGACUUUAGUCGUGAUAGGUCACAUCGACCAGAUCACCGUGGAGAUUAUAACAACAGAGAUCAUAGAUCCAAUCCAAAUGUAAGUAGAGAUCCAAGAGAUUCCAGGGAUCGGGAUGUGUGGAAUAGAGACCACUAUGGAACACAUAGAACUGACUUCCCAGCAGCUUCCCAUCCUGCAAGACAGCCUGAAGAUGAUAGAUAUAGUACUCAAUAUCACAGUGAGCGUAAACGACGAACAGACAGUCCCAGUAGGGAAAAACGUCCAUAUAAAGAACCUCGCUUACAGGAAAUUCCCCGUGAUCCUCGACUUCAAGCUCAGUCACAUGCACCCUCAGUAGAUCACUGACAAGAGUCUCUUCCUGGUUUAGUGAAUAGAUCUUCAGCAACAGUGUCAUCCUAGGCAAUGUCAGCGACUCCAUUACAAAGUUUACUGACUGCCUUUACAUGGGUAUAUAGUAGAAACCAUUCAUUUAUUAAAUGACAGAUUUGUCCUGGUUAGACAAAUGUCUGACAAUGCAACACUCCUUUCCUGAAAUCAAAAGGAACUACAAUCAAUAUACAGAUAAUAAUGACAUAGACAAAUACAUUGCAUGACUUUAUUUUUUCAUUCACUUUGAUGUAUAUAUGUCUACAUUGUAAUAUAUUUUGUACAUGACUGUAAACUUGUGUAUAGUUGUUUAAUACAAGGACUGUAUAUGUUAAUGUACAAUACCUGUACAUGUAUGUAAAUAUUGGGCAGAUUGCAAAGAAAAAUAAGAUUUAAUUAUUGAACUAAAGUUUAAAGUGGAGACUUAGAUGUAGUAGGCCGAUAAGUUGAACUUAUUAUGUAAUGGAUAGCGUUAAAUUCUAUAAGUUUAAAAAACUUUGUUGGAGUUAAUUUUAUCCAUACAUUUAAAUGUACAUGCCAACAAUAUGCCAUUGGUUCAUUGUUUUAUUUUAUUUAUCAUUCUUGUUAUUUCCAAUUGUUUGUAAAGGUACAGUAUGUUGUCCAAAUAUCAGCAGUUGUUCAAAAAAUAUAUGAAAAUUCAAGGGGCCCUAAAAUGUUUUAACCCCCUCCCCCAGAUCGGCCAGUGUGAAAUAAAUGUUUCCUAGUAAAUGUGCC